CAUCUAUGAAGACUUUUUAUAUGUCGGAUAUAUAUAACAUGAAUAUUUAUGAGCCUCCACGAGAUGGCUGGCGCUGUUUCAACGAAUUCUUCGCGCGAAAAUUAUUGCCUGGAGUCCGGCCCAUUGACUGCCCUUCUGAUCCAAGGAUUAUUGUGAGUGCCGCAGAUUCAACAUUCGAUGGCUCUUGGGAUAUCGAUGAAAAUGCAAUUGUCACCUUAAAAAGCAUCCCCUGGACUAUUCGCGAGUUACUUGCAGACAGUAAGUACUCAGAUGAAUUUGCCGGAGGAAAAUUUACGCACUCAUAUCUUUCACCAUCCGACUAUCACCGUCAACAUUCUCCUAUAGAUGGCACAGUGCUCGAGGCUAAAGUCAUCCCAGGACAGGCCUACUGCGAAGUUAAUGUUAAAAAAGACUCAAGGAACAAACUGGUACUAAGACCUGGUCGAAGAAUAGGAACGGAUCAGCCAAAAGCUGAGAUCGAUUCUCCGGACUCUCCGGGGUAUCAAUUCUGCCAGGCGCGUGGUCUGUUUGUAAUCCAAUCAGCGAAAAUUGGAUAUGUGGCUGUUUUACCAAUUGGUAUGUCUCAGGUGUCGUCUGUGAUCCUCACCAAGAAGGAAGGGGAUGAGAUAAAGAAAGGAGAUGAGAUAUCUUAUUUUCAGUUUGGUGGAUCUGACGUUGUCCUUUUGUUCCAGAAAAAUGUUCAAAUAACUGCUGAAAUAAAUAAACAUUAUAACGUGGGCCAAACGAUUGCA